AUGUGGCAUUUGUCCACGACCACCACCUCCGUAAAUUCCUGCCCUACCCACGCCGUGGCCUCGUGUAUGCUCCCAUGCUCCCUGAGACCACAAGAACAGAAUGAGCAGAAAAUAUGCGAGGAGGCUGUACAGAGAGGCGUAGAGAAAAUGCAAGAGGGCCUCUGGUUGGGCGAUUUGAAAUAUGAAAGUUUCAUAAACUUCUUCAAAUUUUAUUGGGUUGCCCAAAAAACGACUGGGAAGGAGACGACUGGUAAGGAGACGACUGGUAAGGAGACGACUGGUAAGGAGACAACUGGGAAGGAGACGACUGGGAAGGAGACGACUGGUAGGGAGACGACUGGUAAGGAGACGACUGGUAAGGAGACGACUGGUAAGGAGACGACUGGUAAGGAGACGACUGGUAAGGAGACGACUGGUAAGGAGACGACUGGUAAGGAGACGACUGGUAAGGAGACGACUGGUAAGGAGACUACUGGUAAGGAGACGACUGGUAAGGAGACGACUGGUAAGGAGACGACUGGUAAGGAGACGACUGGUAAGGAGACGACUGGUAAGGAGACGACAGGUAAGGAGACGACUGGUAAGGAGACGACUGGUAAGGAGACGACUGGUAAGGAGACGACUGGUAAGGAGACGACUGGUAAGGAGACGACUGGUAAGGAGACGACUGGUAAGGAGACGACUGGUAAGGAGACGACUGGCUAUACCAACACAAGUCACUUAGGUAAACAAGAAGCUGAGAAAGCAGGCAGUUGCUUAGGCAUACAUAAAUACAUUUCAAUAUGUCCCACAGCUAUGACAAAACCCACCAACAACAAAAAACUAAUGGAACGAUGGAAAAGGCAAGAAAAUUAA